GCGUACGAAGGCAUGCGCACGGCGGAUAUAUACAAGAGCAUUGAUGUCCUCUUCGCUGCGGCCAGCGAGAAAAUACAUGCGACGACUAUCACUGUGGACCACACGCAGCGCACCAGCGUUCGACUCGGUGGGAGCAUCUCGCCGCCGCAUCGAGACCGGACUGUGUUUCGCCUGCACAGUCUGCAGCGGUGCCUCGAGUGCUUCAUGGGCAUGCGCAUGUUUCGACUCGGGGACCUGUUCGUCGUCCAGGAAAACGGCGCGCCUAUCGGCGGACCGCUGAGCGGUUGCAUCCUGGAUCUUGUGCUGUCCCUCCGGGAAUGCGUCAUGGACAAAACCUGGGGGCUGAACUGGUCCAACAGGAGACAAGAGAUUGCAGCUGCUCGCUACGUCGACGACUUGCUUCUCAUGUCC